CUCUAAGAUCCCUUAUAUGAUCCACCGUCUCUCAGCUCUCACUCGUCAUUUACGCCCCGCGACACUCUUGACGCCCUCAAACACCCUCCUUGCCCGCCACGCAAGCAUGUCCGCCUCGAUCCCUAAGCAAAUGAAAGCCCUCCGUAUCCACGAAGCCGGAGGACCCGAAGUAAUCAAGAGCGAAGAGGCCCCAGUCCCCACCCCCGGACGCGGCGACGUACUGAUUAAGACGUCCUGGGCUGGAGUCAACUUCAUCGACAAUUACUUCGUCUCGGGCCUCUACCCGGUCAAGUUCCCCUUUACCCUCGGCAGCGAAAUCGGCGGUCAGGUGGUCGCAGUGGGCGAGGAGGUGCAGGACCUGAAAGUGGGAGACGAGGUCGGGGCUUACCCAGGCAAUGGCGGAUAUGCUGAGUAUUGCUGCACGCCUAGGGCGAGGGUGGCUAAGCUGCCCGGGCAUGUGGAUGCUAAAAUGGCCGCGACGGUGCACCUUCAAGCCCUCACGGCGUGGGGUCUGCUGCGCGAAUCUUACCCCGUCCAAAAGGGGGACACUGUCCUCGUACACGCUGCUGCGGGAGGCGUGGGGAUCUACCUCUGCCAAAUGGCAAAGAAUCUUGGCGCUCGUGUCAUCGGCACCACGUCCACCGAGGAAAAGGCUGCCUUCGCCAAGAAGAAUGGCGCAGACGAGGUGAUCCUCUACACCAAGGAGGACUUUGCCGAGCGCACGCUGGCCCUCACAGACGGCAAGGGUGUACAAGCCAUCUACGACGGAGUCGGAAAGACAACUUGGGAGGGUGACUUCAAGUGCAUCGCACGCAAGGGGACCAUUGCGUCGUUUGGUAACGCCUCUGGUGCUGUACCCGAGUUCAGCUUGAUGAAGACGGCGCAGAAGAAUGUCAAGGUGACCCGACCGACGCUUGUCAAUACGGUCGGAACGCAGGAGGAGAUGGAGCGUUACUCAGCCGAGGUCUUUGGUCUGCUUGAGAAGGGCAUUCUUCGGCCUUAUGUGGACGGCGAAUACGAGCUCUCCGCUGACAGUUUGAGGAAAGCGCACGAGCAUGCAAAGGGGAGGGGAUCGAGGGGAAAGCUGCUUUUGAAAGUGGCCUAGCGGCGAUGAGAUGUGGGUCACGGUGACGAUGUAGCAUUGUAAAGGACCCGGAAAAGGCGCGAGAAUUGCACAGCAAUUCAAAUGGCGAGCUAGAGAGUGAGAGGA